UUCCGGCCUCUAUGGGUCGCUGCUGGUGGGUUCCGGUUUCGAAGCGGUUCGAGGCGUCAACCCCUUGUCCCCGGAGAGAAACCGCUGCUGGCGUCCUGGGGCUGUGGUUCCAGCCAGAAAGAGACGGCACAGGAGAUCUUGCUUGAAGCAUUCAUAAGCAUUUGCACAGCUAUGAUGGCAUCUACUUGGUCCAUCCAGGCCAACAAGGAGCAAGAUGAACUUUUGGAAAUAAAGAUAGAGGAAGAGGAGGUGAAGGAGGAAAAUAAGUGUACCGCCAGACAGGAUCAGAACGUGCAAAAGAACACUACCCACAGCAGGGAGGUCUUCCGACAGUACUUCAGGCAGUUCUGCUACCAGGAAACAUCUGGACCCCGUGAAGCUUUGAGCCAACUCCGGGAACUUUGCCAUCAGUGGCUGAGGCCAGAGACACACACAAAAGAGCAGAUUCUGGAACUGCUGGUGUUGGAGCAAUUCCUAACCAUCCUGCCCGAGGAGCUCCAAGCUUGGGUCCAGGAACAGCAUCCACAGAGUGGGGAAGAGGUGGUGACUGUGCUGGAGGAUUUAGAGAGAGAGUUGGAUGAGCCAGGAUAUCAGGUCUCAGUCCACACUGAGGAACAGGAAAUGUUCUUGCAGGAGAUGGUAGCUCUAAGAACAGAACAAGAACCCAGAAUGUCCCUCCCGUCUGUGAAAGCCCAGCUAAAGUGUGAAUCUCCAGAACUUGAAGCCCAGAAGAAGCAAGUUUCAGAUGUUGAGACUGGAAAUGAGUAUAGGAAUUUAAAGCAAGAAGUUUCUGAAGAAAUGAAACCAUAUGGGAAUAUAUCUAGCAAAUUUGAAAAUGAAAUGUCUCAGUCAGCUAGGUAUGAAAAAACUUAUGAACCUGAAGAAAAAAUAGGAGAGCCUUCUGGAUACUCCAGGGAAGAUAAACAACAUACAUGUGAUGAAAAUGGAGUAAGUUUGACUGAGAACUCAGACCUUUCUGAACACCAGAGAGUCUGUCCAGGAGAAAAGCCUUAUGAAUGUGAUGACUGUGGAAGAGCUUUUAGUCAACAGUCAUGCUUCGUAGAACAUCAGAGGAUCCAUACUGGAGACAGGCCCUACAAAUGCGAAGAAUGUGGAAAAACUUUCCGUGGGAGAACUGUGCUUAUUCGACACAAAAUAAUACACACGGGAGAGAAACCAUAUAAAUGUAAUGAGUGUGGCAAAGCCUUUGGCCGGUGGUCAGCUCUUAAUCAACAUCAGAGACUUCACACAGGAGAGAAACACUACCACUGUAAUGAAUGUGGCAAAGCCUUUAGCCAGAAAGCAGGUCUCUUUCACCAUCUCAAAAUCCACACAAGAGACAAACCUUAUCAUUGUACUCAGUGUAAUAAAAGUUUUAGUCGGCGUUCAAUUCUUACCCAGCAUCAAGGAGUCCAUACUGGGGCAAAGCCCUAUGAGUGCAGCGAGUGUGGAAAGGCCUUUGUUUAUAACUCCUCCCUUGUUUCCCAUCAGGAGAUCCACCACAAAGAAAAAUGCUAUCAGUGUAAGGAAUGUGGGAAGUCCUUCAGUCAGAGUGGCCUUAUUCAGCAUCAGAGAAUCCACACUGGGGAGAAACCCUACAAAUGUGAUGUAUGUGGAAAAGCCUUUAUUCAGAGGACAAGUCUUACAGAACAUCAACGAAUUCACACUGGAGAGAGACCCUAUAAAUGUGAUAAGUGUGGAAAGGCUUUCACUCAAAGAUCAGUCCUCACGGAGCAUCAGAGAAUCCACACCGGAGAGAGGCCCUACAAAUGCGAUGAGUGUGGGAAUGCCUUCCGAGGAAUCACCAGUCUCAUUCAGCAUCAGAGAAUCCACACUGGGGAGAAACCCUACCAAUGUGACGAAUGUGGCAAAGCCUUCAGACAGAGGAAGAAGACUAGCUACAAGGAUAUACUUCUGAAAAAUCAGUGUGAACCCCAAGCUGGAGUGAAUCUUCUCCUGAGCUCGCUUAUUCCAGAAUGGCAGUCUUCUUGCAGGAAAGAUCUCUAAUAGUGACUGAUGGUAGAGGGAGAGGGCUGUGCCUGAGACCAAGAAUCAGACUGGCAAAACAAAAUCUUUCUUCCAACUUUAAGUUGUUGCUACCAGGAAAGAGAUAUUUGGACCUCACAGGGCUGUCAGAAGACUCGGGGAGCUCUCCCCACAGAUGCUGAGACCAGAAAUACAGACCAAGGAGCAGGCGCUGAAGCAGGUCCUGACCUCUGCCUGUAGAGCUGCAGACCUAAGGAGGAUAAUAUCAUUCAGAACGUAGAGAAGAGGCAUCAGUUAUGCUAGAGAGGUUGAAGAGACAGCUUGAAGGACAAGCCAUCAGGUGGGAAGGGUUGGGAGGAUCAUUUAUGGCUUGACUAGUGAAAGGCUUCAGGAAUAGAACAGAAAGCAGCAAAACAACUUUAGGAUCCACCAGAUGUCUCUGGAGCCAUAACCCAGUAUCUCCCUCAUGGGCUUUAAUUCCGCCGGGUAUUCAUGUACACCUCUGAAACCUUCUCUGCCUAUAUUGGUUUUUUUUUGUUAUUUGGGUGUUUUUACUGAAGGACAGCUUCAAAUUCAAUUUUCCAAGACCAUCUUCAUCCCAUUGCUUUUAGGGCCCAGAUAGAACAAGGUAUGCUUAUGGCAAGAUAGUACCCUGGAAUCAAGAGGUGUCAGGUCCAGUCUAUUAAGACCCUAUCUUAGUUUAACUCUCACGUUAUUACCUUAUGAAACGGAAAGCAGAUGAGAAAGAAUGUCUGCAGAGAAAGAAGACAUCCUUGAAAAGAAGGUUUUUAGAACUCUUGUUAGUGUCCUUUCCCUGGAAACCUUGCCCCUACCGGUCUCUUUGCCCAAUUCUUUAGGUGGAAACUCUGGGUAAUAUUUGGGAGGUGUCUGUGUUUUGUUUUGUUAUUGUUUUGACUUAUUCAACUCCUUUAGCUUCAAAAUGUUUUUCUUAUCUUUUAAUCCUGCAUAUUAACUGAAAAAAUUAUUUUCCCUACUGUUAUUUUUCUAGUUUACUGAUUUCCCCACAUCAAAAUAGUAUGCAUUUUGAAAUUGAUCUGCCUGUUGUUUCAAGUUAACUUUUAUUAUGUGCCAUUGUUUAUUGAUCCAUUUAACAAACAUUUAUGGAGCAUUUUGUCUAUACUAGUGGCCUAGGUACAUUCAUUUGGUGUAAAUGGUACUUUUAACUACCCUUUAGCAAAUUAAAAUUUCUCUUGGUUUCAUGAUAUUCCCUUUUUUUCACCUCCAGAUUCAAACUGAUCUCUUCUUAACUUUUUUGAUUAUACCUUUCUGAUUCUUUGUCACAUUUUGUGAGAAAAUUCUGUAUGCUCUUCCAGUCUCUUUCUGACGGUCCAGCUGUCUCUUCUCAAACUGGAACUUCACAUGCCUUCUUGCAUGCUUUUCAAAAUUGAAUUGGUAGUUUAGGGAUACUGAAAAGGCAUGCACUUUAGAUAAAUCUGGGUUUUAUUUUUAUCGCUGUUUCUCAUCAUAAGUCUCAUGAUCUCAGCGGAAGUGACAACUGACAUUUGAAUUGUCUGCAUUUUUUUUAGAUGGUGUUACUGAGAAUGAAAAUAAGGACUUGUCUCCAACACAAAAAAAUUUCUGAAGAUGCUAAAUCAUGUGGGGGGAAUCUGUAGAAUUACAGCAUCAAUGCAGUAAGUUAGUAAAAGCUUUAGUUACUGAUGAGUCAUUAUUCAGCAUUAGGAAGUACAUACCAAAGAGAAUGUCUCUGAGAGCAACACUUUUGGAAAAGCUUUUGUUUACAGUGGGCCCCUCCUUUCCCACUAGGAAAUCCAUCACAGGGGAAAAUGCUAUCAGUAUAAGGAAUGUGGGAAAGUUGUAUUUGACAUCAGCCAAAGCAGCCUUAUUUGAUAUCAGAAAAUCCACACGAGCAAGAGACUGCAUAAAAUGUGAUGACUGUAAGGAUGCCUUUAUUCAGCGUGGAAACCUUAUAGAACCAUAUGUGAAGGGAGUAGGAAGGAAGGCCUUCACCCAGAAGUCAGGACUGACUGCACUAGAGAAUCCACAUAGGAGAUAGAUCUUACAAACGUGAUGAACGUGGAAAUGUUUUCCACGGGAUCACCAGCAUUAUUCAGCAUUGGAGAAAUCACACUAAAGAAAAACUGACAGUGUGAUGAGUAUGGAAAAGUCUUCAGAUAGAGGUUUGGCCUUAGUAAACAGCAGUGAGUCCAUAUUAGGGAGGCUCUUUUAAAUGAGAAUAUUGUGGGAAGUUGUAUGGACAGACAUCAAGCCUCAACAAUAGUCUCCAUGAUAUUGGAAAAUUAAUAUAAUUAAUGUAAAUGGGCAAGAUGUAUGGGGAAUGGAUAUCUUAAAUUUCCCAUUGUAGCCACUAAAAACAUUCAAUGAACGUCUCAAGUCAAGAAAUGGAAAAGUCAGAAGUUCUUUUCGCUUCUCAAAGGAGUCUGUAAACAUAAGCAACCAGGACUUUUGAAAUUAAGUUGUUUACCUGCAUCCCUGGACUUGUGACACUAUCUCUGAGAUGAUUAUCUCUUUACUGGGGACAUGUUAUUUUCCCAUGCCCACUCUAAUCUCAUAUCUUAAAUUCAUUCAAGUGUAAACAAUAUUGUUUACUGUUUAUUGUAACUAUAUAUAUAUACACAUAUAUAUUAUUUUUAUGGGCUAAAUAGGCUUGUAUGAGUACAUCAGGGCACAAAAAUGACAUUAUUGAAGUUUCAGUAAACAUAAUGAAAGGAACCACAUCACUGAAUUGUUGGACGUUGGCUGCUUUCCUAAAUUUGGCACUGCCUCUAUGUUCUCGCAACAGAAGGCCAUAUAGGUGUCAUUCACAGAGUAUAUAUUUCCCAGAUUUGGUGUUUUUGUUUUUGUUUUUUUAAAGAUAGAAAAAGAGGGCUUCCCUGGUGGCGCAGUGGUUAAGAAUCCGCCUGCCAAUGCAGGGGACAUGGGUUCGAGCCCUGGUCCGGGAUGAUCCCACAUACUGCGGAGCAGCUAAGCCCGGGCACCACAACUACUGAGCCUGUGCUCUAGAGCCCGUGUGCCGCAACUACUGAAGCCCGUGUGCCUAGAGCCCGUGCUCCGCAACAAGAGAAGCCAUCGCAAUGAGAAGCCCGUGCACUGCAACGAAGAGUAGCCUCCGCUCACCACAACUAGAGAAAGCCCGUGCACAGCAACAAAAGACCCAAUGCAGCCAAGAUAAAUAAAUAAUAAAAUAAAUAAAUUUAUUUUAUAAAAGAUAUUUCACAUAUAGCUUAUUGACAGAUAAUAAUAGAGGUAUUUUCCCUUAUAGAUAACACAUAAUAUCCUGAAGGCUAAUACUUUAAGUAAUUUGUUUAUUAUUCUUUUCAGUUCUAAAACCUACAGGCUAAAAGAGGAAAGAAUCCUUUAGAAGAAUCCUUUAGAAGCUGCAAUUCAGCAAAUUGGCAGUGUAGCCCAAUCUCUAUGAAAAUGAGGCUUAUGGAUUUUAUAGUAGGUCACUAAAUAUAGGAACCACAGAUUUCAAAACUUUGAAAUGAUUAUUUCACAAUUAGGAGUUUAUAUCUGCUGUAUAUGCCUAAAUUUUCUGAAUAGGCAUUACGGUCACUAUUUUAAAAGAUGGAUUCUGUUCUGUAAAAGGGUUUUUCAGCAUCCAUAGAAACGACAUUAUUUUUUUCCCUUAAUUUUAUUAUUUUCUUGUAUUACAUGACAGGCUUUCCUGACAUUGAGCCAAUCUUGCAUUCCUGGAAUAAAUUUCACUUAGGCAUGGUGUUUUCUUAAUGUGUUUAUGGGUUCUACUUGCUAAUAUUUUAUUUAGUACAUUUUUAUUCAAUAUUUAUGUAAAACUGGUCUGUAAUUUUCUGUAUUUUUCAGGUUCAGGUUUUGAUUUUACUUGCAUCAUAAAAAGGACUAAGUUUUUAUUUUUUAAUGUUCUAGAACAAUUUGUAAAGCAUUGAAAUUAUCUGGUUUUUGAAACUUGAAUUCUGACGUGAAACCAUCUGGGCUGGGUACUUUUUUGUGGGAUAGUUCCAUGGUAACUUUUUUCUAUUUCUUCUACAAAAAUGGUCUAUUUAGGCUAUUUAUAAUGGGGGUCAAUUUUGAUAAUCUAUUAUUUGUUUAUAAAACUCUCCAUUUUGUCUAGACUUUCAAGUUAUUUGCCUAAAAUCUGCAGUAUAAUCUGUUAUGACUUUUUAAACAGUUUUAUUGAGGGAAAUUGAUACACAGUAAACUGCACAAGUAUAUGAUUGAACAUGACAGGUUUUGGUUUUUUUUUGGUUAAGGUAACAUUGGUUUAUAACAUUGUAUGUUUCAUGAUUACAACAUUAUAUUUCUACUUCUGUAUACCCUACAGCAUGCUCACCACCAAAAAUUUAGUUUCCAUCCAUCACCAUAUUGUUGAUCCCCUUCACCCAUUUCACCCUCUUGUCAGCCCCUUCCCCUCUGGUAACCACUAUUCUGUUCUCCAUAUUUACAUGUUUGAUUUUGUUUGGUUUGGUUUGUUCAUUUAUUUUGUGUUUUGGGGGUUUCUUCGUUUUUUAUAUUUCACAGAUGAGUGAAAUCAUAUGAUAUUUGUCUUUUUCCAUCUGGCUUAUUUCACUUAGCAUAUUACAAAUGACAAGAUUUCAUCUUUUUCAAUAGCUGAGUUGUAGUCUAUCAUGUAGAUAUAUACCCCAUCUUCCUUAUCCAUUCAUCUGUUGAGCUCUUAGGUUGUUUCCAUAUCUUGACUAAAUAAAUGCUACAAUGAACGUAGGGGUGCAUAUAUCUUUUCAAAUUAGUGUUUUCAUAUUCUGUGGGUAAAUAACCAGAAGUGGGAUAGCUGGAUCAUAUGGUGGUUCUGUUAAUAUUUUGAGGAGUCUUCAUACUCUGUUCCAUAGGGGCUGCACCAAUUUACAUUCCCACCGACAGAGCACAAGGGCUCCCUUUUCUCCACAUCCUUGCCAACACUUGUUAUUUCUUGUCUCUUUAAUAAUAGCCAUCCUGGGGCUUCCCUAGUGGUGCAGUGGUUAAGAAUCCGCCUGCCAAUGCACGGGACAUGGGUUCGAGCCCUGGUCUGGGAAGAUCCCACGUGCCGCAGGGCAGCUAAGCCCUUGCGCCACAACUACUGAGCCUGCACUCUAGAGCCCGCAUGCCACAACUACUGGAGCCCGUGCUCCGCAACAAGAGAAGCACCGCAAUGAGCAGCCUGCACGCCACAGCGAAGAGUAGCCCCUGCUCGACGCAACUAAAGAAAGCCCGCGUGCAGCAAUGAAGACCUAAUGCAGCCAAAAAUAGAUAAAUAAAUUUAUUUAAAAGAUAAUAAUGAUAGCCAUCCUAACAGGCAUGACGUGAUAGCUCAUUGUGGUUUUGAUUUGCAUUUCCCUAAUAAUUAGUGAUGUUGAGCAUCUUUUCAUGUACCUAUUGGCCAUUUAUAUUAUGUUUUCUUUGGAAAAAUGGCUACACAGCUCCUCUGCCCAUUUUUUAAUCAGUCAAAGGUACGACAGUUGAAUGUCAGGCCAAUAUGGGUAAAGCAGUACCUUAUUUAACAAAUACAAAUUACCUGUCCCUAGAUGCUAUAGAUGUAAAAGUCCAGUAAUGUCAGCAACCAACCAUAUAUGAAGUGUCAGAAUUUUACAGAUAAAGGGAAUUGAGUAGUCCAUGGCCAUAACAAUCAAUACUGGACAUUGCCAGAUAGGGGGUACAGAGUGUCUCCUUCAGCAAGGAAAGGGAAGUCCAGCUUAGAGAAGAGGUCCAUUCAGUCUGUGUGGCCUAGGGUCCUUCAAACUUCUCAAGAGCAACGGAGUUUGGAGGCCUUCCUACAAUCCUACAAUGGACCCAGAAGUGCAUCCAGAAGGAGGGAAGUGCCAGUUUGCUGGCAAAGAGAGUCUUCUAGGGCUACAGGAAAGAGAGGACCGCUAAAUUAAAAAAAAAAAAAGUAUAGGAAAUAA